CGAGACGUUUAGCAAGUAAACGACCGGCACCACAUAACAUUCCAAGUCCAAGUAAUCACACUCAAACCAUACAAGCUGUGGUUGAAGAUCCGGGGGUACAAUUCCAUAAUCAAGUCCAACAGCAAAUAAGGGCCGCCAUUCCAGACAUAACUAACUCAGUAAUCGCAGCACUUAGGCUCAAGGAGUCAUUCCCAUGCCUCAACAAGUACAACAAUCUGAAACACCCCCAAUACCUUCAACAUCAGUGGAAGUCAGUCCACAACAAACACCUAUAACAUCGGCUUCCUCUGAUUUAAGCACAGAGACAGCAGGAACUUGUUCCACGGCUGGUUCGACCCAGAACUCCAACAUGAAUGACAGUUUAACACAAUUUUUGAGCACAGAUCAAACAAUUCAAGACAGAAUUCCCUCAUAUGGACCCUCGGCCAGUUGUAGAGUUAGUGGAAAUGCAGAAUCUUUAAAAAAUUUGGCAUCGUGGUUACUUACAGAAUCUCUAGAAAAAACAUCUCGGCAAUCUUACAGACGCAUUUAUUAUUUCUAUAAACAAUUUUUGCAGGAAUACUUUCCCAGUACUCCAGUUUUCCCAGCUACCCUUGAACAUGUCACUAUGUUUAUUGCACAUUGUUUUCAAAAAGAGUUAGCCACAUCCACAGUAUUAACAUAUGUAUCUGCUAUCAGCUAUUUACUGAAGUUGGGGGGAUAUAAUGAUGUGCCCCAACACUUCAUAGUAAUUAAAACACUUCGUGGAUACCCAAAAAUUCAAAAAAAUUAA